AUGCGGCUCGAGAGGCUGCCGCCGCUGGUGCAGCUUUCUCUGCGCGGCUGGUCCCGGCUCGGGGUGCUGCAGGUGAGCUGCGCCAGCCUCGCGCGCCUCAACGUCUCGCAGUGCACGGUGCUCUCCCUCCUCGUCGUCCGCGCGCCGCUCCUCUCCUCGCUCAACGCGUCGGGCUGCCGCACGCUCGGCGAGGUCUUCCUCGGCCGGUGCGCCGUCCUUCGCUCGCUCAACUUGGCGCAGUGCAAGGCGCUCCACGCGAUGCGCGCGCCAGCGGCAGCUCGCCUCGACACCCUCAACCUCUUUGGCUGCCGCGUGCUCCCGCCCGAGUCGCUCACGCCGCUGCUGCACACCUCCGGCGCGGCGCUCCGCCAGCUCAACAUGAAUGGCUGUGUGGGCACCAUCGACCUCUCCGAGGCGACCGUGCGCCAGCUGUGUCCACAUCUCGUCCAGCUUGACUGCCAGGGCCGGAAGGCAAAGUACUAG